AUGUCUGAACAUCAGAUUGCGCCAGAGAUCAAUUUCUGGGAAGAGACUUCAGAGGAAGACUACUUUAAUCUCAGAGGCAUGAUCGGCUUCAAAUCUUUCUUCACUUCCCCUCGUGGAAUCAACCUCUUCACUCGUUCAUGGCUUCCUUCUCCUUCCUCGACAGAGGAUCUGUUGGAGAAGACGAUCAAAGUGGAAGAGAAGAAACCGAUCGCCACCAGGAAUCCGAUGAGGUACAGUGAGAAACCGAAGUUGGGUACAGUGAUGGAUCUACUUAGGGUUACGGAUUACUUGGGGAAGAAAAUAAAAGAUGUGAGCAUUCCUUUCGUUGUGUUACACGGAAGUGCUGAUGCUGUAAGUGAUCCUGAGGUGAGCAGAGAGUUGUACGAAGACGCCAAGAGUAAAGACAAGACGUUGAAGAUCUACGAAGGGAUGAUGCAUUCGAUGUUGUUUGGUGAACGUGAUGACAACAUUGAGAUUGUUCGUAACGAUAUUGUUAGUUGGCUGAGUGAUAGAUGUGGUGGAGACAAAACUCAGGAGUGA